AUGCGCUUCAGGGCACCAAAGACGGACGAAGAGAAAGCUGCUCGCGAAAAGCAGAACGCGGAGCAGGCGGCCUUGCCAUACAAAUGGUUCCAGCAGCUUGAGACUUUGCAAGUCGAAUUCGAUGUCCCUCUCAAUUAUAAGGCCAAGGAUUUGGUCAUUGAUUUCAAACGUACAUCCUUCAAGGCUGGCAUAAAGGGCCAGACACUCCUCAUCGAUGGCGACUUCCCUCAUCCUAUUCGUGUUGAUGAGUCAACAUGGGGCAUGACUCCCAACGCCGCGAAAGACGCCAAGACUGUUACAAUCCACCUCGACAAGACGAACAAGAUGGAGUGGUGGGCCAAUAUUGUGACCAACCAGCCCUCCGUUGACCUCACGAUGAUUGAACCUGAAGAAACAUCCCUCAGCGACGUGACCGAGGGCUCAACCCGUGCAAUGGCCGAAAAGAUGAUGUGGGAGAGCACAUUGACGCCUGAGCAAAAGCAGAAGAACAAGCAAGAGGAGAACAUGAAGCGUCUUGCAGAGCUGCAAAAGCAGACUGGCUUGGACUUUUCCCAGGCCGAGAUCAACCACGGCUAAGGAAAAUACAUGUAGAAGGUGUCAGGAGUGUAACGAAACGACCAUACCAUUGGGAUGGCCCCUGUUAUCGGGGGUACGACGUCAGAGAAACCCUGUGCAAGCAUUUAUCUUGGAGCCUUGAGGGGUUGGGAAGCAAAGUGAUGUGCAGCCCAAUAAUUCCAAACGCAUGCAUGAACGCUCCCUUGGGGUUGUUCAUCCAAGCUUCUGAUCUCAAGAUCCGUAAAUAGUCACGAAUAUAAGGGCAUCACACAAGCACGACAGACAGAAGGGCGCGAAUGCCGAUAGUGAAGAUGACUUCAAUUGAUGGAACCCAUCUG